AUGAUAGAAGAGAGCGAGUCUUCAGAGAAUUAGGUUUUUGAAUUAGUUAGAAUUCUUCACAAAACAAAGCUAACAUUUGAUCAUGAAUAUAGAUAAGAAGAUGGCUAAGCCUUUAAUUAACGUUUGUUUGCAAAAUACUUUUCUCCAGAUGAUUGCUUGUCCUACUAAGCUGCUUAUUGGAUAUUAAAAACAUCAAGCUUUAAAAGUAGCAGCUUAUUGCCUUACGAAAGGCUUUUGAAGAUGUGUAUGUUAAUACCUACAAUGAAAUCAAUUGAUGAGAUUUACAUCUGCUAAAGAUAUCUAAUGAAAAUGAUGACUCUCUGUGUAAGAAAAGUAUUCAAAAAAGUGGCUAGAAAUUAAGAAUUUUUUACAAGAUUUGAUAUAGCAUGCUAAAAAUUAACAACUGAACUUAUAGGUUUUUAUGACUCCUAAUUGUUUAUGGAAUUAACUGCAGAAUAAUUUAAUAUAAAAUCAGCAUUUGAUGAAAUUGAUACUAACCUAUACAGCUUAGAAGACAAUUCUGAAUACCCUACUAAGAUAAAUCAAGAUAAUGUGGAGCAAGUUCAUUAUCUUUUUUUCAAAUUAAAUUUAGCUAUAAUGAGUUCAAAAAGUUCCCUUUUAUACAGACCAUAUAUAUAAGAGAAGUUUUUAUUUUAUUGGACAAAUUAUGUGCAAUUCAUUCAAAAAUAUCAAGUACUUUCAACAUUUUAGAUCCUUAUUGUGAAUGACCUGAUUCUAUUCCUCAAUAAAUAUUUUAGAGGGAAAGUUGAAAGAUUUUCAGAUGGAACAGCUAAGGGGAUUGAUUGUCUUAGAAAGAUAAUAAAUUUAAUUUAUCUAAAAACAAAGGAUUUUUCAAAGGAGAUUGUAAUUAUGCAUAAUGAUCCCCUUAGUAACAUUGUAAAUUUGCUAAACUAUCUUUAGGAACUCAAAAUUUUAGAUUAAAUUUGCCUUGAUGAAGCAGCUCUGGCUUUGCAAAAAUGCAUCUUAAUUAUAACUAAAGAUAGCUAUAAUAAAAAUUUUUUUGAAUAAGACUCACAGGAAGUAUCAGAAUAACUCUUCUUAAAUAAAAUAAAGAUAAUGGCUACUUUCUUGCUUGACUAGAAGAAGAACAUAAAUAUCAAUACCAAAAAUCUCUUAUUUUUUAUUGGUGUUUUAAACAACAUAGAUGAUUAGCAAAUAAAAUAAAAUCUAAACAAAAGCAUAAAUAUGAAUCAGGAUUAUGAAGAUUUUGAAUAAGUUAAAUAUUUAGUUUAAGGUAUUUAAGGAAAUUAUAUUUUAUAAGAUGUAGAAAAUAUAGUAGGACAUUUCAAAUCGUUGCUUGGAUUCCCUAUAAAUGAUGAAGUAUUUGUGAAUUACUUGAUUGAUGCAAAUUACAAUAUAGAUUCAGAAAAUAACAAGGAAGCCAUUAUUAAAUUAUACAAUAAAGACAACCUUCAACAACUAGCCAAAAAUAGACCAUAUGCUUUGAAAUUUUUAUUCUUUCUUUCAUAUAAACUUGACUAAGAGCUGGUUUUAUCUUUAAGAGAAGAAAAAAAUAUAUUCUACGAAAUAUUUUAGCUACUUGAUUGUAACAGUUGUACUGAUACAAUAAAUUCUAUAUUAAAAACUUUGUUAAACCACUUAGACUACAUAUUCAAAAGUAAAUAAGGUUUGUAUGAAGAGUCAGUUGCUGGAAUGAAUGAGUAUAUAUAAAAUUUAUAAUUAUAAGAUAUAAAGGAUGAAUGGGAAUAACUUGAAGGAUAACAAAGGAUGAAAAGAAUUAUAGAUUUUACUGAGACUUAUAAUUUAUUUAACAUUAUUUUAUUUUAUCCUUUGGAGAUUGAAAAAAUUUAAGAUACUUUAUUGAAUUUACGUAAAAAAGAACUUGUAAACUGUUUUUAUACAAAGUUGCCUUAUUGCUGUGCAGAAUGCGGUAAAAAAACUAAAGAAUACUAUUAGCUUUAGAAUUCAAUUAAAAGACCUAACAUUAUUUGUUCAAAUUGUGAGUCUCAUAUCCCUAUUUAUAUACUCAAAUGUAACUUUAAAAUAGACAUAAGCUAAGAAAUGAGAAACUAUAUUCACAAUACUUCCAAAAGAUUUUUUGAGUCUUUUAGCUAGCAAAUAAAUAUGCUAAGAAAGGUAGCAUAGAAGAAUUAUAAAGAUUAAGAUAUUUCCUCUCUGAAUAUUAUAUUUACCUAGUUUGAUCCUUUGAUAAUCUUACACUUUCAUCAUUUAAAAUAGCAAAUUAAAUUUGAUUUUGACUGA